AUGAGGUCACACAACUUGUUGAAACAAACUUUCUUAUUUAACUGGAUAUUUUAUCUAUCUAUCUAUCACUGUCUGUCCCUUCCUUCCUUCCUUCCUUCCUUUUUUUCUUUUUCUUUCUUUCUUUCUUUCUUUCUUUCUUUCACUACCCGUUUCUAUCUAUCUAUCUAUCUAUCUAUCUAUCUAUCUAUCUAUCUAUCUAUCUAUCACUGCCUGUUCCUUCCUUCCUUCCUUCCUUCCUUCCUUCCUUUCACUGCCCAUAUUUUGUACUCUUUCCUGUUGUACUAUUAUGAAUCAUGGUCAAUAUACCGGAGGCAUAUUAAAUGGCUUCAGCAAUUCCAUAAAAUAUGCCUGAGACAUACUUCCUUCCUUCCUUCCUUCCUUUCUUUCUUUCUUUCUUUCUUUCUUUCUUUUCUUUCUUUCUUUCUUUCUUUCACUGCCCGUUUCUAUCUAUCUAUCUAUCUAUCUAUCUAUCUAUCUAUCUAUCUAUCUAUCUAUCUAUCUAUCACUGCCUGUUCACUGCCUGUUCCUUCCUUCCUUCCUUCCUUCCUUCCUUCCUUCCUUCCUUCCUUUCCUUCUUUCUUUUUCUUUCUUUCUUUCUUUCUUUCUUUCUUUCUUUCUUUCUUUCUUUCACUGCCCGUUUUUAUCUAUCUAUCUAUCUAUCUAUCUAUCUAUCUAUCUAUCUAUCUAUCACUGCCUGUUCCUUCCUUCCUUCCUUCCUUCCUUCCUUCCUUCCUUCUUCUUUCUUUCGCUGCCCGUUUCUAUCUAUCUAUCUAUCUAUCUAUCUAUCUAUCUAUCUAUCUAUCUAUCUACUCAUCUACUGCUCAAUUAGCUUGA